AUGUCGUCUGAAGACCCGCCCAACGCGUCGCCCAACGAUGCCGUGAAACGCUCCCGCUACACCCAUCGCCAACUCCAACUCCUGCGCCAGGGUUCGACAGCCACCCCGCUCCGCGCAAUUGCACAUAUCGAUCUCGAUGCCUUUUACGCACAAUGUGAGAUGGUGCGCCUGGGGACACCCCGCGAUGCACCUCUUGCAGUGCGCCAGUGGGACUCACUGAUCGCUGUCAAUUACGCCGCGCGGCCGUUUGGGAUCACUCGGAUGAUCACCGCGGGCGACGCUCGCAAACUUUGCCCCAAUAUUGUCCUGCAGCAUGUCGCGACUUUCCGAGAAGGAGAGGGGGGUCGGUGGGCGUACCGUGACGAUGCAUUUAUGAAUAUCAAGACCGACAAGGUUUCCCUCGACCCGUAUCGGGCGGAGUCGAGGAAGAUCCUCAAAACGAUGAAGGAGGCGUUGGAGCGGUGGUACACGAAUGAUUCGGAUGGCGAAAUUCACCGCUUGACCCAGGGUCUCUCGGCUGCCUUGGAAAAGGCUAGUAUAGACGAAGUCUUCAUUGACUUGUCACCCAUCGUGUACAUUGUUUUGCUCCAGAGAUAUCCGGAAUUACGGGCAGGUUCGCAAGAUGGGGACCGUGAUGCGGAACUACCUCCUCCGCCCACGACCGCAGUUCAAUGGCAUUCUGAGGAUUGUCUGAUAGACCUCGAUCUACAUGAGCGGGAGGAAGAUGACCCCGACUGGGACGAUAUUGUCAUGCUUGUUGGCUCGGAAGUUGUUCGAUCCGUGCGUCAGGCAGUCUGGGAUAAUCUGAACUACACCUGCUCCGCCGGCCUUGCCCGUAACAAAAUGCUUGCAAAACUGGGAAGUGCCUGCAACAAGCCUGACAAACAGACCGUGGUGCGAAAUCGGGCUGUCCAGCACUUCCUAGGUGGCUACAAGUUCACCCAGAUUCGCAUGCUGGGCGGCAAGCUCGGUGAUCAGAUUACAUCUUAUUUUGGUACUGAGAAAGUGAGCGACCUGCUCAAUGUACCUCUUGAGUCACUGCGUGCCAAAUUGGAUGAUCACACUGCCUCAUGGCUGUACGGGAUUAUCCGUGGUGAUGACCGAUCUGAGGUUAACCCCCGAACACAAAUCAAGUCAAUGCUCUCGGCCAAGUCGUUUCGACCUAGCAUCAACUCGUUGGAGCAGGCCGAGAAAUGGCUACACAUCUUUGCAGCAGAUAUCUACGGUCGUCUUGUGGAGGAUGGCGUGCUUGAAAACAGACGUCGCCCCAGAGUGAUCGCUCUGCACCACCGGACUGCGCAGAUGCGCUCUCGUCAGAUCCCGAUUCCUGCAGCGGGUACAAUUGAUGAGAGUAUGCUUUUCGAGUUGGCGAGAACUUUGAUGCGGCAAGUCAUGACAGAUGGACAACCCUGGCCUUGUUCUAAUCUGUCCUUGAGCGUUAGUAGUUUCGAGGACGGGGUGAGCAAGAACAAGGCAAUUGAAGGGUUCUUGCUUAGGGGUGACCAGGCCAAGUCUUUGAAUCAUGGGUCUCGCCCUCGAGAUGCCGAUGUACCUCCGAACGAACCACCGCCGCUGGAAAAGAAACGAAAGAUUGACGAUAACGGGAUCAAACGAUUCUUCACUCAACCGCCUUUUGAACAUAAACCUGAUAAACCCGUGGUUGAUCAAGAGAGUCCUGAGCCCAAGGAAGGUCAUGAUGACCCGACUAUUCCUACCCCAGUCUCCGAGGCAGAGGUGGAUGACAAUGCCAUGCCACACUAUACCUGCAACCGUUGCUCUCGGUCCAUACCUGAAAUCGAGAGAGAGGAGCACGAUGAUUGGCAUUUUGCCAAAGACCUCGAAAUUCAGGAGCGUCAAGAGGCCAGGGAUGCGCAACCGCAGUCUCGUCCAGCAGCUCCAUCGAAUAGCUCUCGAGGCUCAGGAACUCGGGGCAGAGGAGGUCGGGGUGGUCGAGGCAAGCCCGAGAGAGGGCAAAUGCGAUUGGCAUUUCAGUGA